AUGGAAUUCAAGCCAGACUAUUUACAUUACUAUGCACCAUUAACUGGUCAGUCCACUGAUUACAUAACUGUUACAAAUACAGGAGAUCAAAGAUAUGUUUUCAAGGUGAAGACCACAUCCCCUAAGCUAUAUUGUGUGCGUCCCACCGCUGCCAUUGUUAAACCUGGUGAAGAAGUUAAAGUGGAAGUUAUAUUUCUUGGAUUAACUGAAGAGCCAGUCCCAGAGAUCAAAUGUAAGGAUAAAUUUCUCGUUAUUGCCUUACCUGCACCAUAUGACUUGAAGGAUACACCAGUGACAGAGGCAUGGCCUGAAUUAGAAGCUGAAUUUAAGAAAGAUUCAGUUUCAAAGAAGAUCAAAGUUAAAUAUGUCAUGGAACCAAAACAAAAAGAGCAUGUUCUUGCAGUUAGUGAUACAACAGUACAGGACACAAUUAAGGCAAAUCGUGAUGGCAUUUCUGAUGAGAAAUUGCAAGAAGAACGAACAACUUCAAUUACAGAAGAUACCAAUGCACCACUUUCAACGGCAAGUUCCAAGAUUGUUGAUACUGGUUCAUCUGUUGUUGAUGGGUCCAUUGAAACAGAGGCUGGACCAAAUUCAUUUUUAAUUAUUCUAAUAGCACUUCUUGUACUUCUUCUAGGUUGGUUAUAUUACUAG